AUGGAUUUGUGCUCUCUCUGCUGUACAGACGAAGCCGACUUGGGGGUUGCCCCCUACGACCGCAUUGCUGCGCACAUUGGCCUCUCAGAUGAUGAUCUGCUGGACUUCGAGAGCGACAAUGCGGAGGCCCCGACUUUGGGAGUUUCAACAACGAGGAGAAAGAGCCGCAAGCCCUCCAAAUUUAAAAAUAGAGUCAGUUCUGAGGUGUAUAAACUCGAGGAGUCUGUGAGACGCUCGCGAGAGCAGCAGCAGCAGCAGCAGCAGCAGCAAAGCCGAAACUCUUUCUCGCGCAGUUUCGGCAGCAGCAGCAGCAGAGGCUCUCGCAGCAGUGGAUCUUUUAGACGGUCCUCAAUUGACUUAGAAAAACCUGCUGCUUCUGCUGCUCCUGCUGCUGCUCCUGCUGCAGCAAAUGCAGCACCAGCAGCAGCAGCAGCACCAGCAGCAGCACCAGCAGCAGCACCAGCAGCAGCAGCAGUGCCCCGAAGCAGCAACUCCUCUCAGGAGCAGCUGCUGCGGCGCGUCUCUUCUGGUCGCAUGCGGACUCAGUCGAAAGUAGACAAAGACAGAGAAACAAAGAAAGAAGUAAAAGAAGAAACAAAUAAACAAAUUAAAACACCACAACACUCAGGCAGCAAAGAUCAACUGCUGCAACCAUCUGAUGAACAAAUGCAGCAAAGAAGAAUUUCAGGGGCUCGCCGCCUCAGCGAUAUGACGCCUGCAGAGAAAGCUCUUGAAAAACAGCGACUGCAAACACUUGUCAAAGAAUUUGCCAAGGAAGCAGUCGCUGGCUUCGAUGUCACCCUCGUAGACUUCACCAGAGAUAGAACGGCAUCUGCUACAUUUUCUAUGGAUAGACAUUUGCUACAUAUCACUUUGGAGUCGCACGACGAAGGAGAAAUGCCUUCUGCAGAUUUUGCUGUGCUGAGUUUGAGUGGUGCAUUUAAAGCAGAAGAAUAUUAUAAAGACAGUCAUUUAAAUACUUCUUCAAUUGAUCUCUCUCACGCUGUUGGAGAAAUGCCUUCUGCAGAUUUUGCUGUGCUGAGUUUGAGUGGUGCAUUUAAAGCAGAAGAAUAUUAUAAAGACAGUCAUUUAAAUACUUCUUCAAUUGAUCUCUCUCACGCUGUUGGUUGUCUGUUGACUUGGCGAAUAAAUGAAGGGAAAGAAAUAAUGCCUUUAAAAGGAAUUGAUGAUUAA